AUGUCGUCGAGAGACGUCAAGUGUAUUUCACGUUUCUGUUUGCCUACCAUCAGCUCCACACAGUGCGUCCGGCGAAAGCCACUUGACGCUCUUGUUCGUGCCUACAAUUGCAGAAAUGUGUCGUUGGUCCCCUCUCUGCCGAAAGGAUCCCGCACUGGUGUGGGCAAACUUCUUGACGACUAUGACCGCUUAUUGACAAAUCGCUCCGGAUCCCGAGUUUGGGCAUACUCUCCAUCCUUUGACAUGCGCGAAACAGACGAUGCGUAUUACCUUGAGGGAGAACUCCCUGGAGUUCAGCCUAGUGAUAUUGAUAUAGAAUUCGAAGAUUCACAUCAUGUCAAUGUGAAAGGUCAUAAUUCGCGCGAGUCUUGCUCUAGUGAAGGCUCGUGGUGGGUGUGCGAGCGGUCGACUGGAGAAUUUAGACGAACCUUUAAUUUUCCAACCGCCAUCGACCAGGAGAAUACGCGCGCCCAGUUGAAAGACGGCAUUCUUUCUAUAACCAUACCUAAAUCUGGUUCAGGCCCAAUCACCAAGAAAGUUCAUAUCGAUACUUAA